CGCUCACGACCCCGUUCUACGAAGGUGGCAAAUGAGCUGGCAAAGCGAAGUGGAUUACGAACCUCAGUAGCCGUGCGACGACAUGAAGGUCGUUAUGUUUUCAUGAUGGCGAAGACGUCAGCUGAUCUGAUUGCGACGCUGGACACGGUGGACGGUGACUAUGAACGAUACUUAAGCAUGGUAACGUCCGAAAUCAUGCGACGGCAAAAUGACCGCCCUUUGGUGAUAUUGCUGUUUUCUGAGGCGGUAGUGAACACUACGUUGUCGACAAAAUGGAAGGACCUCUCGCGUAGCACUAAUAUUCAUGUGUUCAGAGUUGGAACAGCCAAACCGACCAAUGAGCUCUCCAACGAAGGCGAAUCUUUCGAGGAUAUCCUUGCCUGCAGUGCGGUCAAGAAGGAAACAGCAGACGUUCGCAGACAACAGGUCAAUCUCGAACAGAUCAAUACCACUACACUUCGCCCACGAAUCAUACCAUUUUCAAAAACGACGAGGCCACCAACUACCACG